AUGACUGUCUGGUCACCACUGACUUCCAUAGUAUUAUUUUUCCAAACUAUGGAAGUCAAUGGGGGACCAGCAGCUCUUUGGUUAGCCACAUUCCUCAAAAGAACAGAAGAAAGAAACUCAUACAGGUUUGGAACAACGCGAGGGAGAGUAAAUGAUGAACUGUCUCUUUAACAUUCACCAUGCCUUACACUGGCAGUGAGUAACUUCACUAUGAUCAGUUUCAUAAUGCUGUCAUUUUAUUCAGUAUAAAACACAACAUAUACAAAAAAUGUGAUACAAACAGAAAUCUGAAGCAUUGUGUGACCUCUGUGUUACUGGAUAUCUGUCAAUAAGAGAUUCGCAAGGUUUUCAAUAUAUCUGACAUACAUUAUAAUUAAUACAUAUGACCUAUGCGUGAUUAGAUCAAUACAAGCUUAUGUGAGCAUCCUCGCACUUCCGCACUCCGGCGUCCACGUGCUGACGUUUUGUUUCGAACUAGUCCUUAACGCUCUCAUGUUGCGCAGUCAGAGAUCCGUGCGCUGUUUGGUGCGGCUAUUUCUGCGUCGGCUUUUGCGCAGAGCUUCUCGAACCCAAACAAAAAGAGAAACUGCGAUCAAUCAGCAGCCGAUCCGCGUCUGUAUGGUUCCGUGCGGCCGUAUCGAGUCAAUCACGAUCACCUCAGAUCCCCAGCAGCGAUCCAAAGGAGUGUGAGAGCCGGUAAAGGCGGAGGUUUUAACGGAGCCGGUCCGGAUCAGCGCAGGUUCGGGUUCGGGUUCGGGUCUGUAGGAAGUGAUGCGGGGGAAUUGUCAACCAUGAUCAUCUACUGACCCAAAGAGCAUCAGAAGCACACAAAGAGAAGCUCUUCUCCUGCGUAACGUUACACACAGAGAUUCAGAACCGAUCCGGUUCGGCUGGGAUUAGCUUUAGCUUUAGCAUGACAGCAGGGGUGCGCUGAUUCCGAUCCAUUUCAUCAUCUUUCCACAGGCUAGCGGAUGUUUCAGCCGUCUCCAUGGAGUUUCCUCAGAUGACACGCCGCUUCAGUGCUCGGGGAUUUGGGGCAUGGUGACUGCUGUCUGUCAGCCAGAGCAGCGGCGUCUAGCAGGGGCCGUCUGGACCUGAAGGAAGACCUCUGAGACGUGGACGGGACGACCAAGACGGGAACGAGAGCGGGAGAGACAUGGGUCAGUGUGUGACUAAAUGUAAAAACCCCACAUCCUCUUUGGGCAGUAAAAGUGGCGAAAAGGAUGCUGGGAAAUCGCACGGUAAAAAAGGCGGCGGUAUGGGCGGCGCGCACAAGGAGGAAGUGGCCAAGUCCUCCGUCGACGUCAUAUUCAACGGCACCAAAGUGUCAGAGGUGACGGUGGAGGGCAGCACGGCUCCGGCCGUCUCCGCGGAAGUGCAGCGGGAAAAGAGCACGCAGGACGGGGGAGGAGUGUCGCUCGCUCAGAUUCAUGACUUGUUCUCGUGUUAUAAGGACGAGUAUGAGGAUGCCAUCCUGGAGGAGGGGAUGGAGCGCUUCUGCAACGACCUGUGCGUCGAUCCGGCUGAGUUCAGAGUGCUGGUGCUGGCAUGGAAGUUCCAGGCUGCUACCAUGUGCAAGUUUACAAGGAGGGAGUUUGUGGACGGCUGUAAGGCGAUCCAGGCCGACAGUAUCCCAGGGAUCUGCUCUCGGUUCUCCAUGCUGCUAGAGGAGUCCCGUGGAGAAGAGAGUUUCAAAGAUCUCUACCGCUUCACCUUCCAGUUCGGGCUGGACGCCGAGCAGGGCCAGCGCUCACUGCAGCGCUCCAUCGCCAUCGCGCUGUGGCGGCUCGUCUUCACGCUGGACACGCCGCCGCUGCUGGAGCACUGGCUGGACUUCCUGUCGGAGAAUCCGUGCGGCGUGCGCGGCAUCUCCCGCGACACCUGGAACAUGUUUCUGAACUUCACGCAGAGCAUCGGCCAGGACCUCAGCAACUACAGCGAGGACGAGGCCUGGCCCAGCCUGUUCGACUCCUUCGUGGAGUGGGAGGCGGAAAGACGGCGGAGAGAACAGUCGGACGCCGCCGCCUCUGAGACGGACUGCGAAGCUGCGUCCGUUUGGCCGGGAACUUGAGGGAUGGUGGUGAAUUCUGGAC